AUGGGGGUCAAAUUUUUUUUCAUGCUCUCAAUUCUUAUUUUACUUUGUUGUUUUUUCUUGAACAGUGUCAUGGCUAGUGUUUAUGAUGUUGGUGAUGAAGAUGAAUGGAGUAGCCAAACAAAUUAUAAUUCAUGGGCAGAAAAACACAACUUUAGCCUUGGAGAUGUUCUUGUUUUCAAGUAUGUGAAGGGGCAACAUAAUGUGUAUGAAGUGAGAGAGGAUAGUUUUAGAUCAUGUGAAACAAGUAGUGGAGUAUUGGCUAAGUAUGAGAGUGGAGAAGAUGAAGUGGUUCUUAAUAAGGUGAAGAAAUAUUGGUUCAUUUGUAAUAUAGUAGGACAUUGUCUUGGAGGGAUGAGAUUUGGAAUUGAAGUGAAAGAAGAUAGCAACAAUGUAAUUAGUUCCAUGGAUGGUGGAUUAAAUCCAAGUAUUCAACCAACUCCAUUGGAGAGUUCUUGUAUUUCUCAAAGAUGGAGUGUGGUUGGGAACUUCUUUCCUUUUGGAAUUGGAUUAUUAUUGUUUAAUUUGUAUUUUUGA